AUGCUCGCCCUGUCCGUGGCUACCGCCUGCGACCCUCGCCCCCGCGUUGCGCAGCCUUGCGUCUCGCUGGCGCGCGAGCGCUCCUGCAGCCCCUUCUGCGCGCCGCCAGCCCACGCGGGCGAGCCGGAUGCGGCGGCGGUCGAGUCGUGCGGCGGCGGCGACGACUGGACGCAUGGGGCCGUCUGGCGAGGUGGCGAGCUGCUUGCGGAGCUGCUGCACGCGCAACCCUGCCUUGUGCGAGGGCGCGGGGUGCUCGAGAUCGGUGCGGGGACCGGAAUGCUCAAUGGCUUUUAUCUGGAGUGA